AUGGUGGCGCGGGCCUUCAUCCUGUUGGCAUUCUUUGCAGAAGCCUCAGCGAAAUCAUGCAUUCCAAAUAAAGCAGAUGUCAUCCUUGUGUUUUUAUACCACCCCAAAACCAUCAUCGCUAAAAUCCCCGAGUGUCCCUACGGAUGGGAAGUACACCAGGCUGCACUCGGGGUGUGUUACAACGGGGUUCAUGAAGGGGGCUACUACCAGUUCGUCAUCCCAGACCUAUCACCCAAGAACAGGUCCUACUGCGGAACUCAGUCAGAGUACAAGCCCCCGAUCUACCACUUCUACAGCCACAUCGUGUCCAACGACAGCACAGUGGUUGUGAAGAACCAGCCUGUCAACUACUCCUUCUCCUGCACCUACCACGCUACCUACCUGGUGAACCAAGCUGCUUUUGACCAGAGAGUGGCCACUGUUCAUGUCAAGAAUGGGAGCAUGGGCACAUUUGAAAGCCAGUUGUCCCUCAACUUCUACACUAACGCCAAGUUUUCCACCAAGAAAGAAGCUCCUUUCAUUCUGGAAACAUCCGAAAUUGGUUCAGACCUGUUCGCAGGAGUAGAGGCCAAAGGGCUAAGCACUCGGUUUAAAGUAGUCCUGAAUAGCUGCUGGGCCACCCCCUCGGCUGACUUCAUGUACCCCUUGCAGUGGCAGCUGAUCAAUAAGGGCUGCCCCACUGAUGAAACGGUCUUCGUGCAUGAAAACGGCAAGGAUCACAGGGCAACAUUCCAAUUCAAUGCCUUCCGGUUCCAGAACAUACCCAAACUCUCCAAGGUUUGGUUACACUGUGAGACAUUCAUCUGUGACAGCGAGAAGCUCUCCUGCCCAGUGAACUGCGACAAACGGAAGCGGAUGCUGCGUGAGCAGACAGGAGGUGUCCUGGUGGUGGAACUGUCCUUGCGGAGCAGGGGACUCUCCAAUCUCUGUGACUUCUCAGGUGUUCUUUAUCACCUCGUCCUGAUGCUGGGGAUCUGCGCUGUGCUAUAG